UGUAUGCUGUUUCUAAGCCAGUUCCUCACUCUAACUGGAUUCCUACAACAAAACCGUUUAGUCGCAUUCAUACGGAUUUUUUCAUUUCGACAAGAAAACCUUCCUGGUGUUUGUUGACAGUUUUUCAAAAUGGCUUGCAGUAGAGUACAUGAAAUUUGGUACUGAAGCCAGGAGGGUAAAGUCAAAGUUUAUCAGCGUUUUUGCGAGGUUUGGGUUACCGGACGUAAUUGUUACGGACGGUGGGCCUCCAUUUAAUUCUAAAGAAUUAAUUGAUUUCUUUCAGAAGCACAGCAUACAAGUGAUGAAAAGUCCACCGUAUAACCCAUCAAGUAAUGGACAAGCUGAGCGUAUGGUUUCCGUUGGAGGUCGGGUGUACCUGGCGCACCGCAAUCAGCUUAAAUUAUUUGGCACUCGGAAGAAGAGCCGAGCUUUAAUUUUUGCGAGCAGCCCAACACGAAAAAGAAGGGGGGAGGAUGAUCAAGAAGAGGACAUUGACGACGAAGCUAGCGAUUUUUAUGGUUUCGCAGCAGAUUCAUUCAUUUAUAGAGGUUCACCUAACGAUCAACCAAUGGUUUGUGAUUCGGACGAUGGUGAUUCGGAGAGAAACAGUUUACCGCCUGGCAACAGGGUAGUAGACCCCCAGGAAGGCACGUCUGCGCUACAGUGGCCGCAAUCGAAUAGUACGAAUCCAUCAGCGAGUUUAAGCCGUGAACCUAUUUGUUUGCGUCGUUCGAAUAGGAUGAAGCGUCGUCUACAAGAUCCUGAUUUCGUUUGCUACAAUAAAAAAAGAAAAGAUUAG